UGAUAAAAAUAGCUCCAGGGGUGUGGUACUGGAAGGAGGAUACCAACACACUCGAAUUUGCAAGCAGAAUUCACUACAAGAGGAUUCCAGCAAGGCAUGUUAUAUCAGCUAGCACAGGCCUGAGGCAAUGCUCUGAAAGCCAAGGGCCAAAUUCAGAACUGAAGCAUUGGGUGCAACUUCACUGAAGACAUGGAGCUGUGUCCACUGCUAUGUUUGACCCUGAAGUACUUUCAAGCACCCAGGAACUCUCCAUCCCCACCGCAGAUGCUAAACAGAAACUCAAGAAGGGCAAAACCAUCCAUUUUCAGGAAAUGGGUAGUAAAACACUAGACAGAUCGACUUCUAGUAUGUUUCAAGAUUUGUUUGGUGCAAGAUUCCCUGAGAAAAGAAUGAAUAUACAAGAAGAAAAAUCUCCUAGGCUGUCAAAGCGGGGACAAAAUGAGUGUGUUACAUUAGACGAUGUUAAAUAUGCGGCUUUGUUUCUGGUGCAAGAAGAUGAAUCAUAUCAUAUACCAUCUUUUACAGCAGUUAUGAGGAGUAAGCAGCUGGAUGAGUUCCUCAUGGCUCUGCUUUUCUAUUUAUCGUAUUACCUGGAAAAAAUGGCCCUGGAAAAGAAACCCAAAUCUUUUAUGGUAAACCCCAGUGUGUUAGACCAAAAAGAACUGGAGGAGACAUUGGCUAAGCUAGCAGGAACCAAGAAACACCUUGCCAAGGUGUACUGCAUCCUUAUUCUUGGACUAGGAAUGGCUGAGAAGCAUCACAUGGCUUGUGGAAAGAGAAAAACAUCAUCAACACAGAAGGACCGAGAGUUCUUUGAGUGCUUCUACAACUUCUGUACAUACGUGGCCUGGGUGGUAUUCAGACAGAAGUACUUCCAAGAGAUUCAGGAAGAAGUGGGCAGGCUUCUUCGCUCUGACAUAUUUAACCCCGCGUUGAGAGAGAAGAACAGCCCCGACCUGCAGAAAACAGAUGUCUCUGCUGAUCAGAGGAAAGUUAUCUUUCCCUAUCACAGGAGUGUAUAUGCCAGACGCCCUGCGAUAAAGAGUGUCAUUGGCCAGCGCUCUCCGGUGCUCAGUACACUACUGCCCCUGCCCAAAGACAAUGCUGAGUAUCUCUUCCAGAGCCAUUACCUGCAUCGGGGCAGAACCCUUCCAACCAGCAGCAGCAAGGACCUGCCGGACUUCUCAACUGUUGAGCUUACACCCAAGGUUGGCAUCAUUGGAGCCCUUCGCAGCAAGUUCAAUCCCCACACUCUCAUGCCUAUUGGGGUGAUAGAGGAGGAGGAGGAAGAACAAAGAACAAAGAGAAACGGUUCCUCAGUCAGUUCAUAUGACCUGGCUUUGUCAUCCCACAGAGGCAUCCAAGUUGGAGUCGGUCGCCCGAGCAUGGUACUCUCGAGAGCAACUACAGACGGGGGACUACUCUGAGAAUGGUUAACAGAAAUGGCGCCCUCUAGCAUUGAGGGUAAUUCUAGCAUGUGUUAAGUAAACCACCUUGAAGCUUCAUUUUUAAGAGCAGAGGUUAUUUGUUACAGGUAGUGCAGCGUAGUGAAUAGGGCAUUGGACUGGGAUUUAGAAAACCUAGGUUCUAUUCCCAGCUCGGCCACUGACUUGCUGUGUGACUUUGGGCAAGUCAUUUCCCCCACUUGGUGCUUCAGUUUCCCCAUCUGUAAAAUGGGGAUAAUGAUACUGACUCCCUCUGUAAAGUGUUUUUAGAUCUAUGGACCAAAAGAGCUAGAUAUGAUUAUUAUAUAUUCCUUUAAAAUUUGCAUUGCGAGAAGAUUCCUAAAAGGAUUAAAAGUUCUGGAAAUGAUGGUUUUAUGGGAAUUUCCUCUUACAUUUUUAAUGUAUUCUGUUUACUCAUUUUUGAUUUCUGUAGUGUUUCAUUGGGCUUUGCACACAUGCAUAUCUCCAGACUAAUGCAUGACAAAUGUUGAUAAAUGAAUAGCAAAGACGAAUCCACUAUUUGAAGAUAUGGGGCAGAUCCUUAGUUGUUGUAAAUCAGUGUUGCUCCACUGAAAUCAAAGGAGCUAUGUGAUUUACUCCAGAUGAGGAACUAACCUGAUGUAUUUAUUAUGUAACAUUUAUCUCUUAUCUUUCAUUUUCACCAGUGAGAAAAAUAGGUCCUAGAAUUAACAUCAAUUAAAAUAUGCAUUUGGGAUGUCAGCAUCAUGAAAUAAAAAGCUCAUCAGUCCAUAAGUAAGGAUAAAAUUAUGUCCCGAAGUCUUGGAUUCUGUGACUUUCAGAGACCUCCGUGACAUUUUCCGCUUCAGCCCUGUGUUGGUGGGGCUGGAGUUCCCAAACUGCCAGCCUCAGAGCUCUGAGGUUCCACAAGUGGUGGGGGCCCCAGAGUUCCCAGCCACCAUGGGUGGCAGGGGGCCCCCGGAGCAUCCAGCUGCUGGCCUUGGAGUUCCCAGCCACCAUGGGCAGCAGGAGCCCCACAGCUGCUACCACCGCAGGUGCCCUGAAGCUCCCAGCCUCCGGAGCUGCAGUGGGGGCUCAGGAGCUGUCAGCUACAGCGGCAGGUGCUGGACAGCAUGUGUUGGGCUUCAGUCAUCCCCUCCCCCAUGGGGCUCAGGCAUCAGUCAGCCUCCAGUCAGGGUCCCCCCCCUCCUUAUUUUUAGUAAAAGUCACAGACAGGCGUCCGUGAAUUUUUGUUUAUUGCCUACCACCUGUCCGUGACUUUUCUCUUAAUUAUAAGAAAUUACAAGGAUUUACCUAUAAAAUUGUCCGUAUUCUGUUACCAUUACCAUUAGCAGAAAACUGUGGUGAAAUCCUGGCCCUUUUGAAGUCAAUGGGAAUUUUACCAUUGAUUUCAGUGCGGCCAGCAUUUCACCCCUUGGCUCUAACAAUGAAAGAAAACUAACGAGGGGUAGACAUUUCUGAGAGCUGAGAAGAAAACUUAAUCAUCUCAGUGUAUUGUUUAAAAUGCUAUCUAUGGGACCACUACAGUCUCCUCAUGUACACAGAUGUUGAAUGCAACAUGCUUUGUUCAGAAAAACACUUCUAUAUUAUUCAUUUCUGCAUUGGUUUAGGGAGGCAAGUUAGUGAGAAGACAAAUACACAAGAAUCAGAUAUGGGCUUAGGUAAAUGUCCUUUUCUCAUGAAAAACAGAUUGUUGCUAGGAUAUAUAGCAGAAGUUCCAAACACCUGGCCCCUCCACUAUGUAUUUAUCUCAUCCUCAUAACGUUGAGUUUUUGCCAAUAUUAAAGUUUCAUUUUUAGAAAAUAAUCAGUAAAGUAAGAUUGCAUCGUGUGUAACAUGACCGUAAUGCUGUCACAUAUGGCCUGAAAAAUACACUGAGAGGAGGCUGUUUAUCUCACUGAUCAGAGUCUAAUGAUGACACUUCAAGGGCUAGAUUUUCUAAAAACUUGGUAGGGCCAAUGCACAUACAAAAUGCACACACUGCUUGGUUUUGGGAAUCCUCAAAGUCCCCUGUGUGGUGUAUUGAAAACUGUAUUGAAAUUGUAGGUUGUCACUUUAAAUGGAUUUUUCCUGGUCCUGCUUGCAGGCUAGGGGUUUCUGUAAGGAAACAUGUGAUCUGGGUCCAGCAGCAGUCAAUCUGGAGGCAGACAGCCUAUAGUAAGGUGAGGUGAAUUGUGCCUUGCUGCCUUAGGGAACAGUCGGAUUUCUUUCUCUCUGUUUUUGGGCUCUUGUAUGUUAUCAUUCUGAAUUGUAAGGAAUAAAGGUGUUAUUUUGCAACCUUC